ACCCUGUCAUUUUAUCUUUCAGGACAAACACCAUGAUGCUGCUCAUGAAAUCAUCGAGACCAUCCGAUGGGUCUGUGAGGAAAUCCCAGACCUCAAGCUCGCUAUGGAGAAUUACGUCCUAAUCGACUACGACACCAAAAGCUUCGAAAGCAUGCAGAGGCUCUGUGAUAAGUACAACCGGGCCAUCGACAGCAUCCACCAGCUGUGGAAGGGAACCACGCAGCCCAUGAAGCUGAAUACACGGCCAUCCAAUGGGCUCCUGCGGCACAUCCUGCAGCAGGUUUACAACCACUCAGUGACGGACCCUGAGAAGCUCAACAACUACGAGCCCUUCUCCCCAGAGGUAUAUGGGGAGACCUCCUUUGACCUGGUCGCACAGAUGAUUGAUGAGAUCAAGAUGACCGAGGACGACCUGUUUGUGGACCUGGGAAGUGGAGUGGGCCAGGUCGUGCUGCAAGUCGCCGCGGCCACCAACUGCAAACAUCACUACGGAGUCGAGAAAGCGGACAUCCCAGCCAAGUACGCGGAGACCAUGGACCGAGAGUUCAGGAAGUGGAUGAAAUGGUAUGGAAAAAAGCAUGCAGAAUACACACUGGAAAGAGGUGAUUUCCUCUCGGAGGAGUGGAGAGAGCGGAUCGCCAACACAAGUGUUAUAUUUGUGAAUAACUUUGCCUUUGGUCCUGAGGUGGAUCACCAGCUGAAGGAGCGAUUUGCAAACAUGAAGGAAGGUGGCAGAAUUGUGUCCUCGAAGCCCUUUGCACCUCUGAACUUCAGAAUAAACAGUAGAAACUUGAGUGACAUCGGCACCAUCAUGCGCGUCGUGGAGCUCUCGCCCCUGAAGGGCUCAGUGUCGUGGACGGGGAAGCCCGUCUCCUACUACCUGCACACCAUCGACCGCACCAUACUUGAAAACUAUUUUUCUAGUCUGAAAAAUCCAAAACUCAGGGAGGAACAAGAGGCAGCUAGGCGCCGGCAGCAGCGAGAAAACAAGAGUAAUACAACCACCCCCACGAAGGUGCCUGAGAGCAAGGCGGCUGUGCCUGCGGACACCUCUGUGGAUUCUGGUGCUGAGGAAGAGAAAGCAGCGACCACCGCUAUCAAGAAGCCAUCCCCCUCCAAAGCACGGAAGAAGAAGCUGAACAAGAAGGGCCGGAAGCUGGCUGGACGGAAGCGCGGACGUCCCAAGAAGAUGAGCACUGCGAACCCUGAGCGUAAGCCCAAGAAGAACCCUACUGCACUGGACCUCCUGCACGCCCAGACUGUGUCCCAGACGGCGACGCCCUCACCACAAGAUGCAUACAAGUCACCUCACAGCCCAUUUUAUCAGCUACCUCCCAGCGUGCAGCGGCACCCCCCUGACCAGCUGUUGCUGGCACCCACCCCGCCCGCACUGCAGAAGCUGCUAGAGUCCUUCAAGAUUCAGUACCUGCAGUUCCUGGCAUACACGAAGACCCCUCAGUACAAGGCCAGCCUGCAGCAGCUGCUGGACCAGGAGAAGGAGAAGAAUGCCCGAUUGCUGGGUGCCGCACAGCAGCUGUUCGGUCACUGCCAGGCCCAGAAAGAAGAAAUAAAGAAGCUUUUUCAGCAGAAACUGGAUGAGUUGGGAGUGAAGGCGCUGACCUACAGUGACCUGAUCCAAGCUCAGAAAGAGAUCUCAGCUCACAACCAGCAGCUGCGAGAGCAGACGGAGCAGCUGGAGAAGGACAACAGGGAGCUGAGAAGCCAGAGCCUGCAGCUGCUGAAGGCUCGGUGUGAGGAGCUGAAGUUGGACUGGUCCACACUGUCCCUGGAGAACCUGCUAAAGGAGAAGCAGGCCCUGAAGAGCCAGAUCUCCGAGAAACAGAGGCACUGCCUGGAGCUGCAGAUCAGCAUCGUGGAGCUGGAAAAGAGCCAGCGGCAGCAGGAGCUCCUGCAACUCAAGUCCUGCGUGCCGCCUGAUGAUGCUGUGUCCCUGCACCUACGAGGGAAAGGUGGCCUGGGCCGAGAACUGGAGGCGGAACCCAGCCGGCUGCACCUUGAACUGGACUGCUCCAAAUUCUCCCUGCCCCACUUCAGUAGCAUGAGCCCAGAGCUCUCCAUGAAUGGCCACGCGGCCAGCUAUGAGCUCUGUAACACACUGAGUCGGCCCUCGUCCAAGCAGAACACCCCCCAGUACCUGGCCUCUCCACUGGACCAGGAGGUGGUGCCAUGUACUCCCAGCCACAGCGGCCGGCCCCGGCUCGAGAAGCUAUCUGGCUUGGCCUUGCCAGACUACACCAGGCUCUCCCCGGCCAAGCUGGUGCUGAGACGCCACCUGAGCCAGGACCACACUGCCAGUGGCAAGACACCUGCUGGUGAGCUACACCCACGAACUGAGCACGCCAAGGAGAAUGGCCUUCCAUACCAGAGCCCGGGCCUCGCCAAUGGCAUCAAGCUGAGUCCUCAGGACCCACGGCCCUCAUCCCCUGUGGCCUUACAGAUGACAGGAGAAAAAGGCAGUGAGAAGGGUCUGAAGGAGCGCGCCUAUGCCAGCAGUGGGGAGGCCAUCACCAGCCUACCCGUCAGCAUUCCACUCAGCACUGUGCAGCCCAGCAAGCUGCCCGUCAGCAUCCCCCUGGCCAGCGUGGUGUUGCCCAACCGUGCCGAGAAGAGAAGCACCCCCAGUCCUGUGCCUCAGACCCGAGAGUCCUCGUCCACACUUGAAAAGCAGAUGGGUGCUAAUGCCCAUGGUGCUGGGAGCAACGCUGCUGGGAGCAAAAGCCUCACCCUGGCGCCCACAGGCUUCUAUGCAGGCUCAGUCGCCAUCAGUGGGGCCCUGGCAGGCAGCCCGGCCCCACUCGCUCCUGGAGUUGAGCCCCCUGUCUUCGAUGAGUCCUCCAGCUCGGGGAGCCUCUUCACCACCAUGGGCUCCCGCAGCUCCACCCCACAGCAUCCUCAACUGCUAGUGCAACCCCGGAACUCCGGUCCAGCCUCGCCCACGCACCAGCUCUGCGUCAGCCCCCGACUCGGCGCUGCCCAGGGCCCACUCCCUGAUGCGAGCAAAGGGGACCUUCCCUCUGAGGUUGGCUUCUCAGAUCCAGAGAGCGAGGCCAAGAGGAGGAUCAUCUUCACCAUCUCAGCUGGUGCCAGCAGCACCAAGCAGUCACCUUCCAACAAGCACAGCCCUCUGCCUGGGGGUGCUCGUGGAGACAGCAGUCAGAGCCAUGGGCAGGACAGUCGAAAGCGGGGCAGGAGGAAGCGGGCAUCAGCGGGGACCCCCAAUCUGAGCUCAGGCGUGUCCCCCAAGCGCCGGGCCUUGCCAUCUGUCGCCGGCCUCUUCACUCAGUCUUCAGGGUCUCCCCUCAACCUGAACUCUAUGGUCAACAACAUUAACCAACCUUUGGAAAUCACAGCCAUCUCGUCCCCUGAGAGCUCCCUGAAGAGCUCCCCUGUACCUUACCAGGACAACGACCAGCCACCCGUGCUUAAGAAAGAGAAGCCCCUGAGCCAGACCAAUGGAGCCCACUACUCCCCACUGACCUCAGAUGAGGAGCCGGGCUCUGAGGACGAGCAAGGCAGCACCAGAAUUGAGAGAAAAAUUGCAACUAUCUCCUUAGAAAGCAAAUCUCCUCCGAAAACCUUGGAAAAUGGUGGCAGCCUGGUAGGAAGGAAGCCGAUGCCCUCCAGCGAGCCCAUCAACAGCAGCAAGUGGAAGUCCACCUUCUCACCCAUCGCUGACCUUGGCCUGGCCAAGGCUACUGACAGCCCGCUACAGGCCAGCUCCGCUCUGAGCCAGAACUCCCUGUUCGCUUUUCGGCCCACCCUAGAGGAGCUCAGCUCAGUUGAUGCCAAGCUGGCCACCCACCCCAGGAAGAGCUUUCCGGGUGCACUGUCGGGGGCUGGCGGGCUGAGUCCCAUCAGCAACCCCCCCAACGGCUUUGCCUUCAGCGGGAGCCUGGCUGCCGACCUCAGUUUACACAGUUUCAGUGAUGGUGCUUCUCUCUCCCACAAGGCCCCUGAGGUGGCCAGCCUGGGCGCCCCCCUGAGCUUUUCCGCCCCGAGGGGUAAGGAGAGCAGCACGGAGCCUGGCCCCUUUGUGAACAAGAGGCAGCUGGAUGGACUGGGUGGCCCGAAGGGUGAGGGGGUCAAGGGCAGGGAGGGAGAAGUCAGCUUGCCCGUGUGCACACCCUCAGACAAGGCCUCAUCACAUGGCAAGGUGGGCAAGGGCCGGGACCGCGAGCCUGAUUUCAAAAAUGGCCACAAUCUCUUCAUUUCUGCCGCUGCCGUGCCUCCUGGGGGCCUCCUCAGCGGGCCAGGCCUCACCACAGCAGCGUCCUCAGCAAGCGGCACAGCCCCCUCCUCCCAGACACACCGGCCCUUCCUGGGCACUUUUGCACCUGGCCCACAGUUUGCCUUGGGCCCCAUGUCCCUGCAGGCCAACUUAGGCUCAUCUGUGCUGCAGUCCUUGUUCAGCUCUGUGCCGGCUGCUGCUGGCCUAGUGCACGUCUCAUCCGCUGCAACCAGACUGACCAACUCUCAUGCCAUGGGCAGCUUUUCCUCCGGUGUGGCAGGUGGUGCAGUUGGAGGUAUCUUUAACCACACGGUGCCUUCCGCCUCCACUCAUCCGUUUGGAGCCAGUUUCGGCAGCGGGGCUGCUUGUCGCAGCACCACGCUGAGCUUAACCCCGAUGCAGGCGGUGGCCAGUACCCCCGCCUCUUCCUUUCAGGCCCUGUCCUCUGUGGAGACCAGGCAGCCCCCACCCCAGCCUCCUCUGCCCCUGGGUCGGCCCCCUGCGGGGCCACCAGCACUUCACGCGCCCCCCCCUCCUCCUAACGCUGCCUUGCCUCCUGCUCCUGCACUGCUCCCUGCUAACUCUGAGCCUGUGCUCCUGCAGAAUCUUGCGCCCCUCCCGGCUAACCAAGCUUUCUUACCUGCCUCCUCUGCCGCCUCUCUGCCUCCUGCUAACGCCUCUCUAUCUAUCAAGCUCGCCUCCCUCCCACACAAGGUUUCCCGCCCCUCCUUCAUGGUGCACCACCAGCCCCUGCCUGGACUGGCUCUGGCCCAGGCCUCACCCAUGAUCCCACAGGCCAGCUCCACGGGGCCAUCCGCCGUGUGGGUUUCCCUUGGCAUGCCGCCUCCUUAUGCCGCGCGCCUUGCGGGGGUUAAGCCGCGAUAAAGACCUUGGUUAGCUAGCCGUUCUGUUCUGUAAGGUAAGGCUAGAGCCCAACCAGGUGGCCCAUACAAGAAACUCACCUGUCCUUUCUUCCACAGAGAGUGGACAGGCCCACAGGGCUCUGCAGAGGGGCCUGGGACCAUUAGUUCUGAGAGGCGCUAAGAAAAAAUAAGCACAGGGCGGGAAGGGAGACCGUGGCAGCCAUGUAUAUUGACCUCUGAGUGCAGCCUGUGCACCACCACAGAGCUCAGGAGGGGAGUGGCCAAUCCCUUGGUGCCCACUGGACCUUCCCACCAGGUCCCACAGUGCUCCAGGCCAAAGAAAUAGCAGAUCAGGGAGGCCCUGCAGGCCGGGCAGGCAGAGUACUGCAUUAAGUCCUGCAUGGAGGGGACCAGAAGGAGGUGGAUGCGGCCAGGGUCCUGGCUGUGCAGUCCAGCUCCAUUUUGUUGCCACCCUCCAGCUGCAUGUCUGCAGUCGUCAGGAACCCAGGAAGCCCCAGUGUGGGGCCGUGGGGGCAGCUCUGAACCUCACUGUUGCUGUUUGCCCACUCUUAGGCUUCUCUCAGCCUGUUUUAUUGAAUGUACCUCAUGGUUUUAGGAAAUUUUUAUGCAUUUGAGGCCUCUGGUACUUAGCUGGCCUUCAGAAGAUGAUGGUUGUGCAGGCCCAACCCACAUGCAUCAGAGGCCUGUGGGUAAUGGGAUGAGCAUAGCACAGCCACAGGAAGGGCUGCUUGGGCAGGUGAUUGGUGCUCCUCUGGCCCUCAAGGAUUUUGAUGUCAGUGUGGAGUCAGAGAACAGUGUAGGAAGGGCCUGACUUUGGAAAUGGGGUAAGGAAGGUGUCUAUGAGGCCUGCAGGAAGGCCAUCUGCUCCUUUGCUGGCUGUGAGGGUGCUGGGGCCCUGGAGCAGCUGACUCAGCCACUGCUGGUAGGGCAAAGGGCCUUUCUGGGCAAGUCCACAGCCUAUGGGGUGAGUACUCCAGGAUCAAGCUAGGUGUUAACUGGCACUGAGGACCAGGCAUGAGGUCUGCCUGCUCUCCUUGGCCGUCUGCAUGUGUUUAAGUGGAAAUAGACAUGAGGCUGCAGGAGUCUGAUGGCCUUCUGGUAGUGCCUCAGUCCCGAUGGAAAAGUCUGGAAGGUAGGGUGGCUCCAGCUCACAGUGGCCUCAUGCUGUCAGAGAAGGCACUGGCUUGAAGAGGUCAAAGAUGUAUACGAGGAAGCAUCUGGGUGUCAGGCUCCCUGUCCUGAUCCACAGUGGACACCUGCCUUCCAUCUUAUCCAGGCCCAUCACAGGUCUCCCUAGGCUGGACAGUGAUGACCUCACUGCUGGGGCAUGCAGACCUGUCAGUGGGGCUGCCCACAGGUACACCUCCCGCUCACUCCCCAUGAGCUGGCAUGUGGUGACCAGGGAGGUGAGGAGGCCGGGACCCAGCGCCCCAUGAAAGGCCUUGGGCUGGUGACCUCCCACCUCUGAUUGAACCAGGGGCAUGGCAGGGCGUUGUUUGCAACAAAGUUCCUUCUGUCCAUCCAUCUGUCUAUAGGCUUUGGUUCCCAGCCUGGGGAUGUAUGGGCUUCUCCCAGUGAGAUGCUAACACUGUGCUGCCUUUCCUCCUGCGCCGGUCUCUGCAGGUAACUAGGAUUUCUACCUCAACCUCGAGACCUGUGCAAGGAUAGGUGGGCUGCAGGGCUGGUGGCCGACCAGAUGGCGGGAUGGACCGAGGACGAGGCUCUGCUCUGAGUCCACGCUGCGCAGACCUGCGGGAGAUGCUGGGCCUGGCUCCAGCUUAUACUGUCAAUAGUUUUAGAUAAAAUAUUUAUCGUUUUUUAAAAAGUAUAAACAAUUUUGACUUAUUCCACCGAAGUCAUAAAGGCAACCUAUUAAGAAAUGUAAAUACUAUAUAUGAGAGGAUCUAUAUAAAGAUAUCGACCGGACGGACUGGCCCGCCAGCAGAGACUCCAACAGCCGGGCCCGGUGCUAUCUCGUCGCCAGGCCUUGCCAUCUCCACGUUCUCUUGGUGCUGACUCGAGGUUGACCAACGCCAAAACCAGUCCUUGAUGCGCCUGCCCUGUCAUCCCCAAGCUCUCCCAUACCAAAGGCAUGCCUAUCUCCUGGUCAAGGGUGGUUCGCUUGGUUUUUAAUGCCCUUCAGAAAAGGCCCUCUGUCCCACCCCUUCACUGUGAACGCUCCAGCCAGAUUGUCAGCCCUGGUCCCAGGGAUGGCGCCUUUUGGUGAGGAAGGGCCAGUGGGCGGCCUCUGGAUGUUGCACGGAGGAGGGCUGCUGUGAGUGGUGCUCAUGGGGUAGGUCUGGUACUUGACUCCAAUGUGGGGCUGCUGGGGAGCAAGUGCUUUACUUUGUAUGUCUGUACUGUCUCGGGCUUGCGCAGUCAAGCAAGGCACUGGCCGGGGCAUGGGGCAGGUUAGCCAUGGGUGCCUGGUAUGUCUGUAUAGAAGAGAGUCACGCUGACGAGUGACAGUAUUUUAUAGAGAUGUGAUGAAAAUUUAUAAAUUUCAUAGACUUGACUUCAUUUAUUUUUAGAUUGUAUAAUGCACAGUAAAUGUAAAAAAAAAGUGAGGGGGAAAAACCUUUUUAUUUAUUCAAGUGCAUACAAGUGGCAUUGGCCCAGGGCCAAAGCGCCCACAUCCCCUUGGUCAGUCUGUAUUGCUGCUCCGUGGCCCUUUAAUGCCACAGCUGGGUUGACACCUGCCCCCACGCCUGGAGCAGCCUCCCUGGUGCUUGGGAAUGAAUGCACUGUGGGUGAGCAAUGAGGGCAAAGGCCGGCUUCACAUGAAGGCAGGAGAGCUGUUCUGAUGCUUCUAGAAGUUGCCAACAGGGUUAUCGGGUCCCCCCAGUGCUGCAGCCUCUAACAGUCCUGGGUCUCAGUUGAACAGUGUUUGUGCAUUUUCCCUGAAAGGGUGUGUCCAGAAGCCCUCAGUCCUCUGGAAGGGCCAUCAGCCAAAGGUCCUGGCUGGUAGCAGGGCCUGGACCCCCAGCGGAGGGUGCUUCAGGCUUAGAUUGGUUCAGUCAGAGCCCUGCUAUUCUGGUGCUUGUCCCCAUGAGAUGACACCAUCAGGGAACAUGGGAACCCAAGAAAAGCCUCAAGUUCCUACCUUCCCCCGUCUGGCCAGCACAGCCCAUCCUUCCAGAUGUGGUUGCCAGGGGCCCGUGGCCUGCCUGGGAGGGCUGAUGUGGCAAGCCUGGCUUGGGCUCACUCCUGAUAACUGGAGGCAGGGCUGGAGCCAGCUUUUCUGGGGAGUGGGCAGUGGCCUUGUGGAACACAGGCCCAAAAGGGUGCAGAACAGGCCUGGCUGUUGACUCCCCAAUUUCCUCGGGUGCGUCCUGGUAGAGCCCUGUGUAACGGGGGUGAUGCCUGGCCCAGAGCCAUCGUCAGGCUGUAGAUGGUGCUUAGACAGGUUCUCAUAACUGGCUGUCUUGUAACUGCUGCCCUGGCUCCCUUACCUCCAGGUCUGUGCUCUUGGCACACGAAGGUGCUGUGCUCACCCCACAUCCUGCAAUCCCGUCCUCCAGCACAGGGCUCCCUAAAAAAGCUACAGGGUUAGCAGUAGCAAAGUUGCAGCAUGUAGCAAGUCCCUGGUCUGGAAUCAAGCAACCCUGUAAACACUGCAUCACUUCUGUGAUAACUGUGUGCCACCGUGCAGGACUUCCUACUGACGUGUUAUAUCUGUGUUCCCCAUACAACCAUGUCUGCCCAAGCGCUGGGGUCUCCUUUCUGUGCACCCUCCAGCCCUCCUGACUGUGAGAUUGAUCAGCCGCUGUUGGCAGUGAGGGCGUGGGGAGGGCAGCAAAGGAGUGGGGCGGGGUGCAUGAACAACCAUCCCUCUGGAGGACAGGUUCUAGUCUCCUCUGGGCAGAGACCAGUGCUGCUGACUCCGGGCAACUUCAGGGAAGCCCAGGGCUAUGAGGGUGCUUUGCUCAGGAAAACCUAACUCUGAAGACCCUCCGGUCAGGAGCCAGCCUUCCUUCCCUUCCAGCUAUGACUAAUGAUUUAUUUAAGACCCGCUCGCCCUUUUAUUUAUCCACAAAGUCCGAAGGAGACUGUUCAUCCACCCCGCCCCCACCCCCAUUCCCAUGGUCCAUCCAUGCUGGCUUAUGUCUUGUGUCUCAGACCAGCCCUGCUUUGUCCUUCUGGUAGACUGUGUUUCACUUGGGGUUGCUGGUUUGACCCUCUUUUCCUAAGGGAACCCCACUGUACUCUGAUUUCCAUCUCCAGACUGUAAUAAAAUGUUUGUUUUCACUUGAA